AUGGGACAAAAGCACAACCGACGACGCACCAGACCUCGCACCCGACGUUGUUCAAAUGUUCUCCAAGACCAAACAGCCUCUCCGGUACAGGCAGCCUUCACAUGCCGGCAGUCAUCCAGUGAGCUGAAGGACCCAAAUUCUUCCUCCUUUACUCUCUUCCCUUAUCCAUUUCCGGAAUCUCAGCCACAACCGCUCGCCAAACACUGGCACAACCGUCAAAUUUCGUGGCAGAACUGCGAGUGUCGCCAGUUCCUGGAGGCUGCCCAGCUGGAGGCUGACCAGUGCCGCUUGUUCGGAGGUGAGCCUGGGGAUGAUGUAGGCCUGUGCUAUCGUAUGCUAGAAUAUUUCGGUGGACUCGAUUAUAUUGAUUCGUGA